GUGGCGGCGCGGCGACCCCCCCGGACAGGGGACGUGAGCUGAUGAGGACACCGCGGUGCAGGUUGUCCACUUCAUUUGAAAUGUCCCUAUUUGCUCAUCUUCUCAAAUAAUCUACUCGGAACAGCCAGACAGCCGAACCCGGGGUCCGGAUCUACCAUGGAGCUCGCCAAUCUCAUUCGGCAGCGGGUCUUCCAGCGACUCUGUAGAGCCCAAGUGCUUCCCAGGAGCAACCAUUCGGGAUGCGCCCAGCAUGCCACUGGUCCGGCCGUCCCCAAUUCCAAACGCAUCCGACCCACGCUUCUGGUGUCCCGCUUGUACCAGCCCUCAAACCUGCGUGAUGUCGGCCAGGACGUUCGGCUGCAAGGAGAGGUGACUUGUAAGAGCCAAAGGCUCAUGCAGCAGGCCGGGCUCAUCCAUCCGUCUAGUCCUGGGUGUUACUACUACCUUCCUGGCAUUGUGCGCUCCAUGGAGAAGCUGGUGAGAUUAAUUGACCAAGAGAUGCAAGGAAUCGGUGGGCAGAAGCUGGACAUGCCCAGUUUAUGCUCCGCAGACCUCUGGAAGACCAGCGAGCGCUGGGACUUGAUGGGAAAGGAGCUGUUCCGUCUGAAGGACCGCCAUGGAGCCGAUUACUGCUUGGGUCCCACACAUGAGGAGGCAGUGACGACUCUGGUCGCUCACCAGACGACUCUCUCCUACCGACAACUCCCUCUGCUUCUCUAUCAGAUCACCCGUAAAUUCAGAGAUGAACCCAAGCCAAAGUUGGGUCUGCUUCGGGGGAGAGAGUUCUACAUGAAAGACAUGUACUCGUACGAUGUGAGUGAAGAAGCAGCUUAUGAGACCUAUGACUCUGUGCGCCAGGCGUACAACAGACUCUUUGCCCGGCUGGGUCUGCGGUGCGUUCAGGUGCAGGCGGACACGGGCAACAUUGGUGGUAAACUCUCCCACGAGUUCCAGCUGCCGGCAGAGAUAGGUGAGGACCGGCUUCUGGUCUGUGGAAGCUGCUCCUUCUCUGCUAAUGUGGAGACCAUGUCAUCAGACAGCACUGACUGUCCGCAGUGCAAAACUGGUACACUGGUGGAGUCAAAGGGUAUAGAGGUCGGCCACACCUUUUACCUGGGUAAGAAGUACUCUCAUAUAUUCAAUGCCACCUUCAGCAAUGCACAAAACAAGCCUAGUGUUGCAGAGAUGGGCUGCUUUGGUCUUGGGGUAACGCGUAUUCUCGCAGCAGCCAUUGAGGUUUUGUCAACAGAAGAGGGCAUUCGCUGGCCAGGCCUUCUUGCCCCUUACCAGGUGUGUGUUUUACCCCCAAAGAAAGGCAGUAAGGUGGAUGACGCGUCAGUACUGGCUACGGAUCUGGUUCACACUUUGGGGGAGACCGUGCCUCAUUUGAGAGGUGAAGUUGUUCUUGAUGACCGCACACAGAUGACCAUUGGAAAGAGGCUGAAGGAUGCCAACAGACUCGGUUACCCAUAUGUCAUUGUAGUGGGACAGGGAGCUCUGGAGGAAACACCCAGAUUUGAAGUGAUUUGUCAGCAGACAGGUGAGACAAUGCUUCUCAGUGAAGAUGGGCUGUUAGAUCUUUUGGGAAGAGUGGAAACUGUAUGAAUAAAAACAAUGAAUGUGGAAAUUAAUGUUUUGUUUAAUCUUAAUGUGUUCAAAGACAUAUGUGGGGGAAUUUUAUAAUUUUAAUUUUCUUUUAUCCAAAGCGACUUACAAUAAUAAUUUCAACCUUUACAAGAGACACAAACUCAGAAGAACAAGAAACAAGUGCAAGUGCAAUUUUAUCAAAUUAGCUGAUUUACAACUUGUUACAGAUAAGAGCCAUUAUAAGUACAGUUUAUUUUUGUAGUGUUUUUAGUCGAGGUUUAGUCUGAAGAGGUGUGCCUUUAGUUUGCGGCAGAAGAUGUUCGGGCUCUCUGUGGUCCUGAUUUCCAUCGAUAACAUACAACUGACCAGUUUGUGUAAAUCAAUGGUAGCAUUUUGUAAAUAAUGUAAAACAAGUCAGGGAAAACUUGUAAAAUAAAAUGACCAUUUCCAGCGGUGAAAGAAGAACUUUCUUUCUGUAAGCAAAAUACCGCAUUAUGCAGAUAUUGUAAAUACUUCAUUACAGGUGAAAAUGUGGAAUGUCAGAGAUAAGGGUGUGCAGGCUAUGCACGUGUGGAAGAGGAAUGUGUAAUUUAUUUGUUCCGAAGAAAGCAACAUUUUAUACAUACAGUACUAUACUAAAUAGAACAAACUUACUACAAUAUG